GACGCGACCUGCAGCCCCGCGGGCCCGGUGCCGGCGCCCGCGCUCGGGUCUCGGCCACUCACCCAGCCGGAAGUCUUCCGCCCUGCGCCCACGAGUCUGGGGUGGGCUUUCUCGGAUUUAGGGAACGUCACGGGGGUAUUUUUUCUUCAGACCCGGAUUCGGUUCCUGCUGGAACUUCCCGGCCCCGGGUUCCCCUGGAGAUCAGGCGCUCCGACUGUAAGGACCUCUCGGCCGAGACUCGGGAUUUGUGACAAAGUCCAGUUUUUAACAAUGCUGAAAUCAAAUGGCUCCUUGUUUUCCUUGGAUAAUUUGUUUUUUGAAAAAACAGAUGAAGCUGAAAACCAUCCAGACAAUGAAAAAUCUUUGGAUUGGUUUCUGCCACCUGCUCCAUUGAUUUCGGAAAUUCCAGAGACUCAAGCAUUAGAGGAAGAAAUGGAAAGUCAUAAACUGUUAGGUCAGAGAAAGAGGGCAAAAAUGUUACCAUCAAAUUUGAAGAUCACUAAUGAAGACACAAAUUAUAUUUCACAAACACAAAAAUUCCAGUUUGCCUUCCCUUCUAAUGAAGAAGAUGAUCUAAAUUUUGGAGGGGCAGGUAACAAUGACUUACAUGUUGCUGGCAAGCUGACAUAUGGUUCUUCUCAGAAAUGGAAAAAUCACACUGGCACUGAGAUAGCACUUGAGAAAAAUGUUCCGGAUGAUACGAAGUUAAUUAAUUUUGCACAAGAUAAAGGAGAGAGCACGUCAGCCUUCUGCAAGAGAUUAUUUAAAAUAUCUGACAAUAUACACGGAAGUGCUUAUUCCAAUGACAGAGUAAACUUGGACUCUCAUAUUGGCUCAGUGAAAACUGUCCAAAUGGAAAUGAGCAAAGGGAAAUCAUGGAAAUAUAGCAAGAGUAAGCAGAAACCUCAAUAUUCAGACAUUAAUAUGUUUAGAGCCAGUGAUACUUUUUCUGCUUCUGAAAUCAGAGAAGGCAUAAUCAAAGGACCAUCUUUUUCAGUUGCCUCCCAGCCUCAUGAAGUUCAAGGGGUAACAGAAAAUGGUUUCAAUUCCUUGAAGGCUGUCACAGAAAUCCCGGCAAAAUUUAGAAGUAUUUUCAAAGAAUUCCCAUAUUUCAACUAUAUACAGUCCAAAGCCUUUGAUGAUCUUCUUUAUACAGAUAGGAAUUUUGUGAUUUGUGCUCCAACUGGUUCGGGGAAAACUGUAUUGUUUGAGCUAGCUAUAACAAGAUUGUUAAUGGAAGUACCAUUGCCAUGGUCGAACAUUAAAAUUGUUUACAUGGCACCAAUAAAAGCCCUGUGUAGUCAGCGUUUUGAUGAUUGGAAAGAAAAAUUUGGACCAAUAGGAUUGAACUGUAAAGAACUCACUGGAGAUACAGUAAUGGAUGACUUAUUUGAGAUUCAGCAAGCCCAUAUUAUUAUGACAACUCCAGAAAAAUGGGAUAGCAUGACUAGGAAAUGGAGAGACAACUCUUUGGUCCAACUGGUUCGAUUGUUUCUCAUUGAUGAGAUACACGUUGUAAAAGAUGAAAAUCGUGGACCAACUCUUGAAGUUGUAGUCAGCAGAAUGAAAACUGUGCAGUUUUUAUCUCAUGCUGUAGAAAAUACCAGCAGUAUUAUUCCAAUGAGAUUUGUAGCUGUAUCUGCAACAAUUCCAAAUGCUGAGGAUAUUGCAGAAUGGCUUUCAGAUGGUGAAAGAUCUGCUGUAUGUCUGAAAAUGGAUGAGGGACAUAGACCAGUGAAACUUGAGAAAGUGGUCCUUGGAUUUCCCUGCAGUAAUAACCAAACCGAAUUUAAGUUUGAUUUAACCCUCAACUACAAAGUUGCCGGUGUUAUACAAACGUACUCUGAUCAGAAACCCACACUUGUGUUUUGUGCAACAAGGAAAGGUGUGCAACAGGCUGCUUUUGUUCUUGUGAAAGAUGCGAAAUUUAUUAUGACUGUGGAACAGAAACAGAGGUUACAUAAGUGUGCAUAUUCCAUAAGAGAUUCAAAACUGAGAGAUAUCUUAAUACAUGGUGUUGCUUAUCAUCAUGCUGGUAUGGAGCUGUCAGAUAGAAAAGUAGUUGAAGGAGCUUUUACUGUUGGAGAUCUACCGGUUCUUUUUACUACCAGUACCUUAGCCAUGGGAGUAAAUUUACCUGCUCACCUAGUAGUUAUAAAAUCUACAAUGCAUUAUGCUGGAGGAAUGUUUGAAGAGUACAGUGAAACAGAUAUUCUACAGAUGAUUGGUAGAGCUGGUCGACCUCAAUUUGACACUACAGCUACUGCAGUUAUUAUGACUCGGUUAAGUACAAAAGAGAAGUAUAUUCAGAUGCUAGCUUGUAGUGACACUGUAGAAAGCAGUUUGCACAGACAUCUUAUUGAGCAUUUAAAUGCGGAGAUAGUAUUGCAUACCAUCACAGAUGUGAAUAUUGCUUUGGAAUGGAUACGAUCAACCUUGCUUUAUAUCAGAACCUUGAAAAAUCCAUCUCAUUAUGGUUUUGCAUCUGGAUUGAGCAAAGAUGGAAUUGAAUCAAAAUUACAAGAAUUAUGUUUGAAGAAUCUGAAUGAUUUAUCAUCUCUGGACCUGAUAAAGAUGGAUGAAGAUGUUAAUUUCAAACCAACUGAGGCAGGAAGAUUGAUGGCUUGGUAUUAUAUUACAUUUGAGACAGUGAAGAAAUUUUGUACAAUCAGUGGAAAAGAAACUUUAUUGGAUCUGGUCACAAUGGUAGCCAGCUGCAAGGAAUUUCUAGAUAUACAAUUAAGAACAAAUGAAAAGAAAACACUGAAUACUUUGAACAAAGAUCCAAAUCGGAUAACUAUCAGAUUUCCAAUGGGAGGAAGAAUUAAAACAAGAGAAAUGAAAGUAAAUUGUCUUAUUCAGGCUCAGCUAGGAUGCAUUCCCAUACAAGACUUUGCUUUGACGCAAGAUACUUCGAAGAUUUUCAGAAAUGGCUCACGAAUUACAAGAUGGUUGUCAGAUUUUAUGGCUAUUCAAGAAAAGUUUGCUGUACUGUUGAACAGUUUGAUUUUAGCGAAGUGUUUUAGAUGUAGGCUUUGGGAAAACUCUCUGCAUGUAUCCAAACAGCUGGAAAAAAUCGGUGUAACAUUAUCAAAUGCUAUGGUAAAUGCAGGUUUGACUACCUUUAAAAAGAUAGAAGAAACAGAUGCAAGGAAACUUGAACUGAUUUUAAAUAGACAUCCCCCUUUUGGAACUCAGAUAAAAGAAACAGUGAUGUAUCUACCAAAAUAUGAACUUGAAGUGGAACAGAUUGCAAGAUAUAGUGAUACCAUGGCAGAAAUAUUAGUGACUGUUAUAUUAAGAAAUUUUGAACAGCUACAAACUAAAAGAACAGCACCAGAUUCCCACUACGUUACCUUAAUCAUAGGUGAUGCAGAUAAUCAACUCGUUUCUAAGCACAAAAUUAUGGAUUCUGUUUUGCUAAAAGCUGGAAAUUGGGCUAAAAAGAUUGAUGUGAGGCGAGCUCUUAAAUCUGAAGAUCUUAGCAUAAAUCUAAUUAGUUCUGAAUAUGUUGGACUUGAUAUACACCAGAAAUUUACAGUCUUUUACUUAGGACCCAAGAGAUUUGGAAAUCAAAUACUUAUGCGAAAAAAACCAGAAACAGAGAUGUCCCAUUUUAAACAUUCAAUAGCAGGGCCCAGUAAAGGAAUGACUGCCUGCAAAAAACCUGGGAACCGAGAAUGUAAACAUCACUGUAAAAAUAAACAUACAUGUGGACACGACUGCUGUAAAAAUGGAGUUGCACAGAAGUCAGAAAUGAAAGAGUCAGCAGUUUCUUCAUAUUUAUCUGAUUUAAGAAACAGAAAUGCUGUUUCAUCUCUUCCUCCAGUGAAACGUCUAAAGAUGCAGAUGAAUAAAUCUCAAAGUGUGGACCUUAAAGAGUUUGGUUUUACUCCAAAACCUUCUCUUACCAGUAUAUCAAGGUCAGAAUAUUUAAACAUACCCGAAUUGCCUAUAAUGGAGCAGAGGUAUCAGCAUGAGAUCUACACAAAAAGUCAACAACCAGAACCAUCUGCAUAUCAAGACAAAGAUUUUUCUAGACGGACCUAUUCUACAACUUCAAAUGAGAAAGCCCCUCAAACAAUGCUGUUCAACAGAAAUCUUAAUGCAUCUGAAAACCAGGAUUUGACAGAUGCGGUUAAAAGUAAUUCUUCAUUUUCAGAAGUUUUGAAUGUGAACUUUGAAUUGGGAAAUGAAGUUUGGGAUGAUUUUGAUGAUGAAAGCUUAAUAGAAGUUACUAGCUUUUCAACUGAUACCGAGAAGACAAAAACAUCAGGAUUUGGAAACCCUUUGAGUUCAAGAACCAGGGAAAGUAAGCUACCCUUUGAAGAAUCAAAAAGCAAAUUCCAAAGAGAAAUGUCAAACAGUUUUGUUUCAUCACAUGAGAAGCCAGAUAUUUAUUUAUCAAAUUCUGCUAUGUCCAAGUUUGCUGCAUCCUCCAUGACAAAAUUACCUCAACAAGCUGGAAAUGUCCAUUUACAAGAAAUAAAACAACAAAGUCUGUCGCCAGAGAUUGAAAAGCUGUGCUUUACUCACUCUGAAAAAAUACCAAGCUCUUCAAAUUUUGUUAAGAAAGUGGAUUGCUUUAUUAGAAACAGUGAACAUAAAAAGGAGAUUGAUUUCAGUCGGUAUUAUCCUGAGGAUGAAGCUGAUGAAAUGAAGUCUUUUCUGGGAAUAUUUGAUGGUAUUUUCUAAAACAAUCAGACAAAAAUGCUUUUUAUAUUAAUAAGACAAAGUAUUAAAGACACCUAAUUACAAAGCAUGAUUUUUAUUUUUAAAAAGUAGUUCAUAUUUGUUCAGAUUUUUUUUCUCUUGGAUUUGACUAGCUUUGUUGACUCUUUUGCAACAAAAUAUUUGGACUGAUUUUUUCCCCCAUCAUAUUGAUAACUUCAUAUAAAGCACUUUUGCAGUGGCUUUGUUUCAUAAGUUGAUAAUUGUUUCAUUUAGAAAUAAUUAUUGGUUAUUAAUUGGGUUUUGACGGGAACCAAUUUUAUAUUUUCUUAACAAGAAGAAAGGUAUUCUGUGAAAGCAAAAUGAUGGUAGGUCAGUGAAUCUAUUUACUCUAUCGAUUUUUCACCAUUAUUGUUUUGUUUUACUAAAGAUUUUUAAGAAUCCAAUGGCUGCCUGAACCUAUUGUUAUAUCAUUUCAAGCAACAAUAAAUGGGACAUUAAUCAAUA